AAGCAAGACGCGCCUAGCCAGACACGACCCUCUGCUACGCUAGACAGCGCGUCAGAGGCCAUUCACAGCAUCAGAAGUAUGGAAGUCGAAGAGCUACAUCCCCUCGCGGCCCAAAUCUGCUAUGCUGCGCCGAAACUGGCCAAUGCGCCUCCACUGCUUGUACUCAACCUCAACAAACUGCCUCCCGCAGACCGCGUCGACUAUGAUGUCCUUCAGCAGGCUGUUCUCGAUAUUGUCGAUGUUCAGACAUUCGAUGCGGCAUACGCAGCGACAAACCCAAUGUAUCGAAAAGAUGGCUGUCUUGCCUAUGAGCUAGUUGUAUUCUGUGCAGGGGGCAAGCACAGGCCCAGCUGGCCCUGGAUGAUUGGAGAAUUUGCUGCGCUAAACAAAAAAUACAAGAAGGCACUACAAAGACUGUACAUCGUGCAUGAGAAGAGCUUCGUACGAGUGGCGAUGCAGCUGGUUGAACAGGCAGCGAGUCCGAAACUUGCAAAGAAGGUCAGACAUCUCCGAACACUAGCGGAACUAGCGGAAGAGCUUGGGAAGGAACGUAUGCAAGGAUUGCGGGUUGAUGAGGUUGUUUGGCAGCACGACAUGCAAGUCAUGGCAGAGUUACAGCAAGCAGAGCGCAAAAAGAACAAGACACGACGCAGUCCGCCUACUCCCGCUAGAACACACUCUGCGCCAGAUCUCGUCAUGCAAGCGCCUAGUCGAGACAUUCAUGCGACGAAAGAAUUGCCGCCGCCUGUCAUGCCGAGACGGCCGGCGUCGACACGUCCAAUCAUCACAGACGUACAAAGAAGCGAUGAGCCAGUACACGCGAAGCCGCCACCUCGCGUGCCGACUACAAGAUCUCAACAACGACUCGAUCAAGAAGAGUGCCCCACUCCUAUUGUGUCAUCCUCUGCCGACGCAAAGAGGUCCAUCUCUGCGUCAUCGAGCAUCUCUCUCAUCAUUCACGAGGAUGAAGCCUUAGAAUUGCCUCAGAAACCAGCAGCUCCCUCACCAAACGCGACACAGAAACAGCAGAAAGAGUCAAUACCACUGCCCACCAAGUCUAAGGCCGCCUCAAGCAAAGCACAACCACUGAGACGUGCUAUUUCAGGUCCAUUGACGCCGGCGCAAGGUGCUAUUCAGAAUUUCUUGCCGAAAGAUGCAGAAAUGGUGGCGUUGCCAUCGCUCAAGCAACAACUCAAACCAACCGUUCGACCACCCUCACCAAGGAAGAAGCCUGCGCAGAUACAAAGCCUGCGUGCAAGCAGUGAAGGUCGUGUGGGUAAUUUGAGGGCAUUGUUUGAGGAGCGUGCCAAAGUUGCAGAGCAGCUACGUAGCGCCUGAGCGAUAGACCGGCAACAUUGCUUGGUGACUUGGUGACAUUCUGUCGUCAAAAGGUGCAGCUAGAUGCAAUCUCUUGGCAAUCAAAAGUGAUCACAUCGCGCCCUUAUCUGUCGUAUCUAUGC